GGAAAAGUCACUUGGUGGACGAAGCGGAUUACACAGACGGGACCGAGCUGAGUUUUUUAAAGAAAUUAACACAUGAUAUGAGACUUUUAUUGUGGUUCAUGGAAGUUUCCGGUUUUAACCCGCUCGUGAAUCCGUUAUUUUACCUCAGAGACACGCGCGUGCUGGUCCGUUAGAGGUCGGUGAAAAGUCGACCACUGUCACUUCUGAUUCAUGGACUCAACACGGACUUUAGUUCAAAGUAUUUCUGUCAAGAGGCUGACACAAGGUUGACUUCAUUCAUUGAAUAUCCAGAUUAAGGGGACAUGAAGUUGUCUUUGGACAGCAUGGGCAUCCUGAAUAUUGCGCUCUUCAUCUUUGAGGCUGUUUUGCUGACCGACUGCGCCAGAGGACCUCCACGGGUGUCUGAAAAAGUUGCUCACAGACAGACGGCCCGGCUCGGGAGUGCCAUUAAGUUGCCGUGUCCCGUGGAAGGAGACCCUCCGCCCCUAAUAAUGUGGACCAAAGAUGGGCGCAACAUCCACAGCGGCUGGAUCCGUUUCCGUAUCCUCCGCAUGGGCCUGAAGAUCAAGGAGGUGGAGGCAGAUGACACGGGGACCUACAUCUGCAAAGCCACCAACGGCUUUGGUAGCGUCAACAUCAACUAUACCCUCAUCGUCAUUGAUGACUCAGGGUCUGAUAAAGCUGGACCCGCGGCGGCUGAUGGAGCAGAGUCUGAGCUGGGCACUGAUGGCUUGUCAGAAAAGCUUGUACGUCCCCGCUUCACCCAGCCUGCUAAGAUGAGAAAACGGGUGAUAGCUCGCCCUGUUGGCAGCUCAGUGCGGCUCAAAUGCACAGCCAGUGGAAAUCCUCGACCGGACAUUGUAUGGCUAAAGGACGACAGACCACUGACGGAGCAGGAGGUCGGCGAGGGACGUCAGAAAAAGUGGACUCUAAGUCUGAAGAACCUUACGCCGGAGCACAGUGGCAGAUACACCUGCAGGGUCUCUAAUCGGGCUGGGGAAAUCAAUGCCACGUAUAAAGUUGAGGUCAUACAGAGGACAAACUCCAAGCCUAUUUUGACUGGCACUCACCCGGUCAACACAACGGUGGACUACGGAGGCACCACGUCGUUCCAGUGCAAAGUGAGGAGUGACGUUAAGCCGGUCAUUCAGUGGCUCAAACGUGUGGAGUCUAACGAGGAAAGCCGCUACAACUCCACCAUCGAGGUGGGAGACCACCGAUUCGUGGUGCUGCCCACGGGGGAGGUGUGGUCACGACCCGACGGCUCCUACCUCAACAAGCUGCUCAUUACCCGCGCCAAGGAGGAGGACGCUGGCAUGUACAUCUGCUUAGGCGCCAACACCAUGGGCUACAGCUUCCGCAGCGCCUUCCUCACUGUGCUGCCAGACACGAAGCCUCCCAUCACGCCCAUGUUCUCACCAGCCUCCAGCUCCCUCCCCUGGCCUGUCAUCAUUGGCAUCCCUGCUGGAAUAGUGUUCAUCUUUGGCACAGUGCUGCUGUGGUUCUGCCAGAGCAGAAAGCACUGUCCCCCUCCCAGCACUCCAGCUGCGGCUGCACAGGUACUGCAGAGCUCCCACAGGCUGCCGUAUCGAGAGCGAGACAGGGGUUGCGUGGCUCCGUCCUCCAGCUCCUCCAGCCCGGAGAAAGACUGCAUGAACUCCAUGAACUAUGAGGAGUACCUCGCACAGCAGCAGCUCCUCCUCUCCCAGGGAGGACCAACAAUCCCCCCUAAAAUCUACCCCAAAAUCUACACUGACAUUCACACGCACACUCACUCCCAUGUGGACGGGAAAGUACAUCAGCAUCAACACAUUCAUUUUCAGUGUUAGCCUCUAGUGCCAAAUAUCCCCCACUAACUGCUCCAGUAUCUCAGAGGGACAAAGAGUUGUGGACUGAACAGCAGCUCCUGAUCGACAUUCACCUGGCAUUAUAGACUCUUCUUAUAAAUGGAGAUGGUUGGGAGAGUGUGCAUAUGGGAAAAAAGUGGUGGCCAGUGAUCACAUCCAAACUUCCAUAUUUGGUGCUUAUUUUUUUACCUGUCAGAUUCUCACACCACUAAAAUCCAGUAAUCCUUGUUAUGCACUUAAGACAAAAAGGACAAGGACAUUUUUUUUGCGUGUGAGUUGAAUCGCAGCUAUUCAGGCCAGCUGAAAGGUCUUCCUCACCAGCUGAUUUUUGCAUUUUCCUACUUGAGGUGUAGCUGAAAAUGGAGGUUAGGUUCUCCCUUUCACGUAUUCAGCUGUUGGAGCGCAGAGGCUCUGUCCGUUCUGCCUGGUAAUGAAGAUGAAAAUCGUACUCGAGAUUUACAAAAGGGGCUGGUUUUUGUGCCCUACUCAGGUAGUCCUUUUGUUUGUUAAAGAUGCAUUAUGUUUGGAAUGCUGACCACUAUCCUUUAUAUUACCUUUCUCCAUCCCUCACUGUUGCUCUCUGGUAAAAAAAAAAAAAAAAAAGUAGAUGUUUUUACAGCCUUUUUAUGGCAUGCAAACCUUGCCUGAGACUGCAAGGGAUGGACGAAUCGUGUUUCCAUGUUAACUGAAUUGGUCUUCAUUAUUAUUUCAACUAUUUUCUGUAGGUUCCCAUCAUCAGUUAGUAGCAUGUUGAAAUAAACCAGCAGAGGAUGCCACCAUAACCAACCACAGUGUAUGAAGCUGUAGUCAUUUAUAAUCAAAAUGAAUCAUGAAUAUUUAAUUUAUUUUGCUAAAAAAAUGUAUCAAAAGUUUAUUUUUCAGAGUAAGGCGUUUUACAUAUCUAUGUAAUGUUAUUAAAAUAUACUGUUGUUGUUGUGUAUAGUACAUUUUGAGUACUUUGUCGCCCAGUUUAAUCACAUUUAGUUCAUGCCAAUAUUUAGGUAUUUCUGUAUGUAAUUGGUUAUAUUUGACAGUCUUGUAUGAUGUUGUACUCUGUUCAAAGCUCAAAAACCGAACCAUCUAAAGUUUGAUGGUUUGGUAGUUUGAUUAAAUGACCUGAAAUGAA